AUGGCGGCGACAUUAGGCAGAGACCAGUAUGUGUACAUGGCGAAGCUCGCCGAGCAGGCGGAGCGUUACGAGGAGAUGGUCCAGUUCAUGGAGCAGCUCGUUACAGGCGCCACUCCGGCGGAGGAGCUCACCGUGGAGGAGAGGAACCUCCUGUCAGUAGCGUACAAGAACGUGAUCGGAUCUCUACGCGCCGCCUGGAGGAUCGUGUCCUCGAUUGAGCAGAAGGAAGAGAGCCGGAAGAACGAGGAGCACGUGACGCUCGUCAAGGAUUACAGAUCUAAGGUGGAGGCUGAGCUCUCCUCCGUCUGCUCCGGGAUCCUCAGGCUCCUUGACUCGCAUCUGAUCCCGUCCGCCGCUGCGAGCGAGUCUAAGGUCUUUUACCUGAAGAUGAAGGGAGACUACCAUCGCUACAUGGCGGAGUUUAAGUCUGGAGACGAGAGGAAAGCUGCUGCGGAAGAUACCAUGCUCGCUUACAAGGCAGCUCAGGAUAUCGCAGCUGCUGAUAUGGCGCCUACUCAUCCAAUCAGGCUUGGUCUGGCCCUAAAUUUCUCGGUGUUCUACUAUGAGAUCCUCAAUUCUUCAGACAAGGCUUGUAACAUGGCCAAACAGGGAAUUGACCACUGGUUGACUUUUCCUGAUGUAUCUUAUCUUUCUCAAGAUGUUUUGUUGGGAAAAGGAACUGUUUUUUGCUCAAUUGUGCUUCAGUUUGACUCUGUGAUGAACAAGAUCCAUGCUUUUGAAGAAGCCAUAGCUGAGCUUGACACACUGGGAGAGGAGUCCUACAAAGACAGCACUCUCAUAAUGCAGUUGCUGAGGGACAAUCUAACCCUUUGGACCUCCGAUAUGCAGGAGCAGAUGGACGAGGCCUGA